CGCCUCCUUCUGUAAAAGGCUCGCGAGGAACGUGGUGUCAAUGGCCGCCGGUGAGCCGGCCGCGCCGCUGGCCGACAACGCCGAGCUUACAGAGUUCUUCAACGGCUUGAAACAAGAGUGGGACAGAGUGGAGGACAAGUACGCGGUGCCCACGCUCGCCGUCGCCGCCACGCUCGGCAUGUGGAGCGCCGGCGGAGUAGUAUCGGCAAUCGACAGGCUCCCCGUGGUUCCAGGUCUCAUGGAGGUCGUUGGCAUUGGUUACAGCGGGUGGUUUGCGUACAAGAACCUGCUAUUCAAGCCCGACAGGAAAGCGUUCUUCGCUAAGGUCAGGAACAUUUACGAGGAUAUAAUCAGCGGCUAGACGAUGAAGCACUUGAAAAGGUGCAUCCCAGUUGAGAGAAGCACAAAGUACUCAAAACGGAGACGUGCAAUUACUGUAUAUCUGUACUAUAUAUUUGAGCAUAGCAUCUAAUAUAAUCCUUACUCAAUUGUAUAUCUAAAUAAGUUGGACAUAUUGACGCAAAAAACUUUUGAUGUGUUUA